CUGUUGAAGCUGUGGGAUCUUUCUCCAGUGCAGUCACCGAGCGCGUCAAAAUAAUAUCAUCACUGCAUCCUCACAUUUCAAUCCUUCAUGGUGCUGUUCUAAAACCAUGAAGGCUAAACGGAAGAUCUCAGGCUGAGCCACUAUUUUGUGGUAAGAGCGUCAGAUACCAAGUGAAACCAACAGAGAGACAGAGAGAGAGAGAAAGAGGGAGAGAGAGAGCUCCACGCAAGCGCGUAAAGACGAGAUUGGACACCUGAUUUUGUUGGGUGUCUUUAGAGCGCUAUUCCACAUUUUAAGUCCCAACAAUCCGUGUUUUUCUUUUUUUUUUGAAGGCCCUCUCGGUGCAGCGGGGGCAUAUAUCGUGGAUUAUUAUCAGCAAUGGACAAAUGGGGAACAGAGGACAGAUCGCUGCGUUGACUUUUGAAGCAGAGUCUUGAUGCUGUAGCAUUACGCAUUUAUUUUACUGUGUGAGCGCCUUUCUUUUUCCUUCCACGUCUGAAUUACACUUUGUAUCUCAACAUUAUUUUUCAAAAAAAGAAAGUCAAAACAUCUGUGGAUAAGGAACAGAGCAGGGGUGUUGUCAGAGAGGGAAUGAGAGGAGGAGGGGGGCAGUAUGAGGUGUGCUUUUUUUGGAAAAGCCGGAGAAAGACGGACACCGAGAAGGUGUGCUGAUGUGCGAAAGCCUGCGACGCGUUACCCUCCUGAGAAAUAAUUGCGAUCGGGGGGAAGAAAUGGCCUAGUUAAAAUAAAAAAAACCCCACCGUCGACACACCGACACCGACAGAGGAUAGAAAAGAAGAAUCGUGUUUAGAUGGACGGGCCACCAUCAUCGUCAUCCUCAUAAUUCCGGGCGCUUGCAUCGAGUCUUUUAGGUGUAAUUGGCUCCUUGACUGCAGCUCUGGACCCAUCAGAAGUUCCACAGAGGAAGACGGAUGAGACCACAGAGUCCUACCUGAGAAUGCUACCUAUUCCACCACCUCACCAUGUCACCCUAGGAAAUCUGUUAACCUCUCCCCUUCCACAAAUCCUCUUUUUGCCUUUGUUAUCUCCCAUAACCCACUGAAUUUGUGAUCCCUAUCUAUACCCAGCUCAAGUCCCAGUGAUAUGACUAAAAGAGCCUUUAUUUUGGACAUGUUGUUUUUUCCUCUCAAUGCUGCCAGCCACCAAGGCUAUGGUGGGAAACGUCAUUAUACUUCUCAGCAGAUUGCUAAUCACUGUCUGGCGUGGCUCUUGGGACUAGUGCUACACCUGACCCUUUCCUCAUGUCAACGGGUUGACCUAAAACACCCCAUAGUGUCCACAGCCUAUGGAAAGAUACGUGGUAUCAGGAAGGAGCUCAACAAUGAGAUCUUGGGCCCCGUGGAACAGUACUUAGGUGUGCCAUAUGCCACUGCACCUAUCGGCGAGCGCCGCUUCCAGCCUCCUGAAGCUCCAGGCUCCUGGCAGGAGAUUCGCAAUGCCACCCAUUUUGCGCCCGUGUGUCCCCAGAAUGUGCACGGAGUGUUGCCUGAGAUCAUGUUACCAGUGUGGUUCACAGACAGCCUGGAUGCUGCAGCGACCUAUGUUCAGAACCAGAGUGAGGACUGCCUUUACCUCAACAUUUAUGUACCAACUGAAGACGGUCCGCUCACAAAAAAACAAGACGAGUCUACAAUGAACAGACCAAGGGAUGAAGAUAUUCGGGAUCGUCGUAAGAAGCCGGUGAUGCUGUUCAUCCACGGCGGCUCCUACAUGGAGGGCUCAGGAAACAUGUUCGACGGCAGCGUCCUUGCCGCUUAUGGAAACGUCAUCGUGGUCACCAUGAACUAUCGGCUUGGUGUGCUCGGGCUCAGGAGCCGGUGCCGCCUGUGUGAACCUUCUCAUCCUCUCCCACCACUCCGAGGGUUUGUUCCAGAGGGCCAUCGCUCAGAGUGGAUCGGCCAUCUCCAGCUGGUCAGUCAACUACCGACCGGUGAUGUACACCAAGAUCCUGGCCAAGAAGGUUGGCUGCACUCUUGGGGACAUGGCUGAGUUGGUGGACUGCCUGAGGAGGAAGAGUUUCCGGGAGUUGGUGGACCAAGACAUCCAGCCUGCACGCUACCACAUCGCCUUCGGACCUGUGGUAGACGGGGACGUAGUGCCGGACGACCCUGAGAUUCUAAUGCAGCAGGGUGAGUUCUUGAACUACGACAUAUUGCUGGGAGUCAACCAGGGAGAGGGCCUGAAGUUUGUGGACGACAGUGAAGGAGAAGACGGAAUAUCAGCAGCCUCGUUUGACUACACCAUCUCCAACUUUGUGGACAAUCUGUAUGGAUAUCCUGAUGGUAAAGAUAUCCUGAGAGAAACCAUAAAGUUCAUGUACACAGACUGGGCUGACAGGGACAACAGUGACAUGCGUAGGAAAACCCUCCUGGCUCUGUUCACGGACCAUCAGUGGGUGGCCCCGGCUGUCGCCACUGCCAAACUGCACGCUGAGUUCCAGUCGCCCGUCUACUUCUACACCUUCCACCACCACUGUCAGACCGAGGCACGGCCAGAAUGGGCAGAUGCAGCCCAUGGAGAUGAGAUCCCCUAUGUGUUUGGGAUUCCCAUGGUGGGAGCCACUGACCUGUUUCCCUGUAACUUCUCCAAGAACGAUGUCAUGCUAAGUGCAGUGGUGAUGACGUACUGGACCAACUUUGCCAAGACAGGGGAUCCAAACCUCCCAGUUCCUCAGGACACCACGUUCAUCCACACCAAGCCGAACCGCUUUGAAGAGGUCAUCUGGACCAAGUUCAGCUCCAAAGACAAGCAGUAUUUGCAUAUCGGGCUCAAGCCUCGGGUCAGAGACAACUAUCGGGCCAACAAGGUGGCCUUCUGGCUGGAGCUGGUGCCACAUCUCCACAGCCUCCACAAGCAAAUCAUUAGUUCUAUCACAACUCGACUACCGCCCAACCGCUGGAAGGUCCCUCCCAACUCUGGCACUCGCUCCACAUGGCACCCUGUAAUCUCCACCUAUCCACCUGAUCCUGAGCCCGAUGGUUCAGAGAGACCCCGCUAUUCUCCCUUCCCCGGCGAGACGAGGGACUACUCCACUGAGCUGAGUGUCACAGUAGCUGUGGGCGCAUCUCUCCUUUUCCUGAAUGUGCUGGCCUUUGCCGCACUAUACUACAAACGGGACAAGCGCCACGAACUCAUGCAGAGACGCCACCCGCGACUGUCCCCACAGCGCACAACGAUGGGCAUGGGUGUUGGCAUGGGAGUAGUAGGGGCCCCACCGCACAAUGAUCUGGCGCUGAGCCAAGAAGAGGAGCUAAUGUCGCUGCAGAUGAAGCAGCAACGAGUGGAGCUGGAGCAUGGCACACCCCUCCCUUCCCGCGGCAUCCAUGGCGACCUAGAACCCCUGCGGCCUCCUGUGUGCCCACCUGACUACACGCUGGCCCUGCGGCGGGCACCGGAGGACGUGCCACUGAUGACAGCCAAUACCAUCACCAUGAUCCCCAGCACCAUCAGCAGCAUGCAGCCCCUUCACCCCUUCAACACUUAUCCCCCUGUCCCAGCCCCCUCCACUACACCUGUCCCCAGCCACAGCAACAAUGCCCUGCCACACCAACACUCCACCACCCGUGUAUAGGACCAGGCACAACCUCUGCUACCCCACUCUGGGCUUACAGAGAUGCACCACACAAACUGCUCCAUACAAACUCCACUCUCACCGCCCUCUACUCCUCUUUACUAUAUCUUUGUCUUUUCUCAUUAAGCCCUCAAAUAAAGCUGCAGUUUGUAAGAUUUUAAGCAGUGAAAUACCUCUAAAUUGUAAUCAUGAAUCAAGGAGGGGGUUGAUUUAAAAAAAGCCCCUUUGCCAAAAGCCUGUCAUCAUAGGUACAUAUUGCUUUGCCCAGUAAAAUCUCUUUCAGUAUCUGGUGCUUAGGUGAGCCACCAGAAAUGCAGCUUUAAGCUUGUAGCUCUCCCUCAAAGAGGUAUAGAGCUAAUCACAAUCAGUCAGGCAUCUUAUGUGGAGCUUGGUUGUUUUGCGCAUGUGUUGUUGUGUCAGUGUAAAACUAUGUUUAACAUGGAAUACAAAUACUCAUUUUUAUUCAUUUAGUGAAAAGAUAAUACAGUAGCGAGCGGCUUUGUAUGAGGCAACAUAUGCCCAAACAAGCUGUCUGUCAUGAAGCGGAGAUUUCUUGAAAUUUACAAAUUGCAGCUUUAAAGGCCCAAUCUGGAAGUGAAAUUUGGCACCCUGUGUCGAGCACUAUGUCCCAACAGCUGUCUCUGUUUUCAGAUUUUCGGAGACGUUUGUUUAGCGUGAAACGUGUUGACAGGGCUUAGAGUUACGAACAAAUUAGUUUAAAACUUCAUUUUCUUCAAUUCCCAAAUUUGUAUACCUGUUUUCAGUUAGGAUGCAGUUAAAUGCCAUGAUUUUAAAAAUGUCUUUAUACUCACAAUCAAUGCUUUCAAAACAUUUCCAGAUUGGGGCUUCAACUGUUGGGCGGUACAGGAAAUAACUGAAUCAUAUUCAGUCUGUGGGAUGCAACCUGGAAUCCAGGCUGCCCAUUAGAAAUCGCUGCAUCUCCUCCACACAGGCUCUAAUCAUGUCCAUUAAUUUAUUUGUUUCUCGCUCAUUAUCUCACUGUCUGUAUCCCCACUUCAGCCCAUUUAACUGCUUCUCUCUUUUCGCUGCCUCCGUCUCUCUUCUCCCUCUGCAUCUGCCUUCAUACAAUUGCUCUUUUUAUUAAACCAUUGACAUUAAUCCAUUUCCAUAUCUCACCUCUUUUUCCUCUUUCACGCAAUCACUUCUAGACUCUUUUUUCCUUUUGGAGUCUUUUAUACAAAAACACAAAUGUAAAUGAUGUAUUAUUAAUAAAUUGUAAGGAUAUGAAUGAAAAAAAGAUAUUCUGAUAUCUCGUUUUUACCAGCAUUCUUGGUGCCAAGUACUGUGAUAAAGUUCCUCUUUCACUGGCGUCCAGUGGACGGCCUGGAGAGGUCCAUCCUGACUGUAUCUUACAAAAGAAAUUACCAUCAUAAAAAGUGCCAACCCCUUCAUCUUUCUUUUUGAUCCACACACUUUUUUUUAAGUUAUCACACUCAAUGUUGCACUGUGGCUGGUCUCUACUUUAAAGGGAAAUCAGAUUCAAUAUAUCCUCGUUUAAGAAAAAAAAAAGAAUAUAACGUUUUAUUAACUACUUUGCUGUCUGGGAUAUUUGCAUGAUGUUUUUCUUUUCUAAAGAGUGUGGACAGAGAAGUUUGUCAUUUUGAUGAUUUGCCUUGUUCUUCAUUGAUUCUUUUUUUAAUUUCAUUUUUGAGAGUCAUUUUCAUUUCCUAUUUUAAUAUCAGCUGCACUUUGUGGUACUUCAAAAGGUAUUAAAGUAUUAAGAGAUGAAUAUUGUGUAAAACUAUGAUUAUAACAAAGAGAGUAAAUAUUUCCUCUUUAUUUUUUUCAUUUCCUAACACAGAGGCUGUGCCGCAAAACUACCAGAAAGACUGACGAAAGCCUUUUUUUCUCUCCCCCCUUCCCCCCUUCUUUUUGCUGUUUCUCUUAUCUUUUGCAACUGUGACGUUUGCACAGUCACUGUUUCUCAAUCUCACCUGAAGAUAGCACUUUUUUUUUAAGUUACAAGAAAAAAAAAGAAACGACUACUUCACAGGAAUAGUCUAAGUGAGGUUUUUGUCUGUGACGGACAUUAACCACAUGCUUCAAGUGUUUGAAGACUGCCUGACAGUUAUCUUCUCGUCUGCUCUUUUGUUGUUUCAUGAUUCUCCCCUCUUCAAGGCGGGAGAAAAAGGAUGAGAUAUAUUUAUGACGGUCUAAAGGUGAGAGAGCCUUGUACGCGCGUUUCACAUCUUUCGCACAAUUGAACACAGAGACGAGUCACACUCUGGACAAUACUGAAAAAAAAAAACCACCCCAGUGACAUUAGGACAAAAAACACUGGACAAAUGCCGGCAGUGAUUUAAUGGUCAUGAUGAAAUAGAUCGUCAACAAUGCGUCUGUUGAUGCACAGAGGAUGCAUUCUUAAAAAAAAAAAAACCUGAUUUGAAAAAGAAAAAUCUUUAAUGACAGACAUUACUCAUACACCAUACACCACAAAAGCAAGGCGGGCGGGAUUCACCUCCCCCUUCCUUGUAACAUUCUGUAUCCUGUCUGCUUAGGAUAACAACACUUUGGAGCCAGACUGCCAUCCCUCACACUGGACUGGAGCGAGCUGCGAGGACAAAAAGAAACAAAAACCAACACAUGAAACAAAACUGUACAUUUUUUAAGUGUAAGAGAACAAACUGGAAUUUGUAAAUAUUAUGUUUGUCGUUUGGUUUGAGUGAUUGGCCGGAUCUUUUCUUUGUGACAACAGGUGCAAGUUUCGAUGAUGAUUUUAGCACUCAUGCGUAUGUUUGAUUCUUCUUUAUUUCCUAGGUCUCAAGGUUGAAUUCCAAUAGGUUAUGG